GACAGAUAAAAUAAAAUAAAAAUCUUUAGAAAAAUUCCAAUUCUGAGUGACUGACUUAAUGGCGACGUCGUCGUUACUCUUAUCUUCUUCUCCUCCGGCAGCUAUCGAAAGCAAUCGUGAACCAAACACUACUCAGUUCCUUAAGUCUUCAUUUCUUCAGAACAAUACGUCAUCCUUCGUCGUACGGAAAGAUGUUAGGGUUACACGACGGUGUGUUAGGUCUCCGGUGACUGCAGCUAUGGCGGCUGGUGGUGGUGGUGGUAAAUCACUGAAUCAUAUUCCUAAACAGUUUAGAGAAGGAAACCUUAAAGAUGGAUUGAUGGACAAUUACAAGAAUGUUCCUCAAUAUCUGUACGGUCUUAGUCCUUCACAAAUGGACAUGUUCAUGACUGAAGAUAGUCCCAUAAGGCGGCAAUCGGAGAGUGUCACAGAGGAAACUAUCUCAUCCUCACAUAAUUACUUGAAUCAUGGAGGAAUGUGGAGUCUAUCAGGAAUGCAUGAUAGGGGUCCAGCAAAAUACAGUAUGAGUGUGAGCAUGUAUAGUGGAGGUGGCAGAGCUGCUGGGAGACCACGAAGUGCUCCUCCCGAUUUGCCAUCAUUGCUUUUAGAUGCUCGAAUCUGCUAUCUAGGAAUGCCCAUUGUUCCGGCAGUGACUGAGCUUCUUGUAGCUCAGUUCAUGUUUUUGGAUUACGACAAUCCUUCUAAGCCUAUUUAUCUCUACAUCAAUUCAUCUGGAACACAGAAUGACAAAAUGGAGACGGUUGGAUCUGAAACAGAAGCAUAUGCAAUUGCAGACAUGAUAGCUUACUGCAAGUCAGAUGUGUAUACGGUCAACUGUGGCAUGGCAUUUGGUCAAGCAGCAAUGCUAUUAGCCCUUGGAACCAAAGGACAUCGUGCAAUGCAGCCACAUUCGUCUACAAAGUUAUAUCUACCUAAAGUCAACAGAUCAAGUGGGGCAGCUAUAGACAUGUGGAUUAAGGCCAAGGAGCUGGACACAAACACAGAUUACUUUCUGGAGCUCCUUGAAAAAGGAAUUGGAAAACCGAAAGACGAAAUUAACAAAGACAUCAUGCGUCCCAAAUACUUCCAAGCACAAGAAGCCAUUGAUUAUGGCAUUGCCGACAAAAUCAUUAGCUCAAGAGAUAAUGCUUUCGAUAAGCGGAACUAUGAUGAGAUUCUGGCCCAGUCAAGAGCAGCUAGGAGAGGAGCAGGAGCAGGUGGUGCACAGCCGGCUCCUUCUGGAUGGAGGUAGAAUUAAACUGCAAGUGGUCCAUCGACAGCUUUGGUGAACCUGGGUGUUCUGGCGAACCCGAUUUGUAAUGUAUUGGUCUACUUAUAGCAGGAGUGCCAAAAUUUGUGGUCGGGUAAUACAGUAGUAUUGUAUACUGUCAUACAGGGGGAAGGGCGACUUUCUGUAAUGUUGUAAUCAGACUAAUUUGAUCAUAUGAAUAUCAGAAAGUGAUGUGUUUUUACCUUCGAACCUA